UAGAAUCGAAUUAGAAAAUUUGUCUUUUUGAGUCAGUAAUACAUUAAAACAUAUCGCUCAGCUCUUCCGUUUCUGCGGUACCAAGGUGUGACCUGAGCAAUGCUUUCACAUCAGCACUUCAGUUUACUGCUCAGGGUGACGGGUGGCAGCAGUGCUGCUGCCCUGGCCCUAGUGUGGCUGAUGUGGGGGGCUGGGGUGAAGCCGUGCGCACCUCCUCUGGACCUCUUACGCUUGUGAGUGUGAAUAAACCCUCUGUAGUCUGUGUGGAGCAUGUGCAGCGCCUGUAACCGGUAUUCCCAGCCGUGGUUUCUCUGCAUUAAAUCGAACGCAGACACGGCCGUUUCCCUCUUCUCCGGCGUAAUGCAGCGUUAAUCUCCGCAAGGACGGGCCGGCCUAGCUGCCGGCGCAGCGCCCGUCGCGGGGUAGCGACGAGGGCGCUUCUCUGACCACUGGGGGCCGGGCCCUGGCAGGCAGCGGCCGGGCCGCGGCGCGGUCGCCGUGGCUACGGGAGUGUUCGUCAUACUGCGGCUGCGUGGCGCGGGCCCGCGGUGGUAGGCUUUAGGUGAGGGCCUGCGGAACCCGCUGGAGCUGCCCCGCGGGCGGAGCAGCUUCUGGCCCCGGGCUGCCCUCGCUGCCCCUUACUCCUCCACUUGGGGCUUCGGGCAGGUGAUCGGAUGCUGUAGCUGCCCGGGUGUAACGAGGCGGUGGUUGGAAGUAAGUGGUGGGAAAACAUCUUUACAUAACAGAGUAGAUGUUCAGAAGGGUACACAUUCAGCGUACUGAGACAAUUCAGUAGUUAUGGCAAAGGAUAAGAAGAAAGAUGUCAGGAAGACAGAAAAAACUUCACGCUCUCCUAUGCCUUCACAAGAAGUUACAGCUGAGAGUAGUGCUACAAAGCUGACAGACUUGGCGACCAUCGUGAAUGAAGAGGAAGAAACAGGGGCCAGUCCAGUGAUACUGGAUAAAGAACCACAGGAGGCAGAGGAACCUCUAGUUCAAGAUGUUCCUCAAUACCAUGAGGAGCCUGUUCUUAUUCAACUUAUUGUAAAAAGAUACGAAGGUGAAAAAGUUCAUGGAUUGUAUGAGGGUAAAGGAUUUGCAUGUUUUGAGGGAGGAAAUACAUAUAAGGGCAUGUUUUCUGAAGGCCUUAUGCAUGGACAAGGGACUUACACAUGGGCUGAUGGAGUGAAGUAUGAGGGAACAUUUGUUAAGAAUGUGCAGAUGUUUAGUGGCCGUUAUACAUGGAAUGAUGGCAGUGUUUAUGAAGGAUCAAUCAAGGAUGGAGUUCGGCAUGGAUUUGGAUUUUUCGGGAGUGGUAUUCAUCCUAUUUCUUACAUUGGCUAUUGGUGUAAAGGCAAAAGACAUGGAAAGGGUACCAUUUAUUAUGACCAGGAACGUACUUCUUGGUAUUCAGGCGACUGGGUAAAUGAUGUCAAAAAAGGAUGGGGAAUGAGAUGCUAUAAGUCUGGAAAUAUCUAUGAAGGUCAGUGGGAGAAAAAUGUACGUCAUGGAAAAGGAAGAAUGAGAUGGUUGACAGUUAAUCAAGAGUAUAUGGGACAGUGGGUGCAUGGCAUACAGCACGGGUAUGGGAUCCACAUCUGGUUUUUGAAGAGAAUGCCUGCGUCUCAGUAUCCUUUAAGGAAUGAAUACAUAGGUGAUUUUGUAAAUGGGAAACGACAUGGACAUGGGAAGUUCAUAUAUGCCAGUGGAGCAGUGUAUGAUGGUGAAUGGGUUUGUAAUAAGAAGCAUGGCAAGGGCAAGUUUGUCUUCAAGAAUGGUCGUGUUUAUGAAGGAGAGUUCAUAGAUGAUAACAUGGUGGAAUAUCCUGCUUUUCUAGCGAAUGCAAUGAAUAUGAAAGGGCUGAAUUCCAUUUGCACAGAAAAUCAUUUUGGCUCUGAAAAUACCGCAGUCAUCAGUGGCUCAGAAGAUACUUCUAUUCUGGAAUUCAGUACUGAGUUGGGUAUAUCUUUACUGCUUGACUUGUUGCCAGAGGAAGAGAGAUGGGAAGAACUGAAGCAAGUAGAAUUUGCUGUAUUGAGGCAUAUUACAGAACUGAGAAGAAUUUACACCUUCUACAGUAGCUUAGGCUGUGAUUAUUCUUUUGACAACACCUUCCUCAUGACUAAGCUCCAAUUUUGGAGAUUUCUGAAGGACUGCCAGUUUCAUCACUCCAACAUAAGUCUUGCUGAAAUGGAUCGGAUAUUGAGGGGAGAUAAAACACCAGUUGAGGAGAUACAUUGUCCGCAUGAGACUUUACUGUUCAGAACGUUUUUAUCUUACCUUAUUCGCCUAGCAUUUCAUAUCUAUCAUGAAGAACACAAAGACAACAGUCCUUAUCCGAGUAAGUGUUUCUUAGAAAUGAUGUCCAGGAACGUUAUUCCCACUGCCUGUUAUGUCCAAGGUACCUUAUUUUCUGAAGAAAGAUGUACAGUUUUGGUCAUGAACAGCUACAUUGACAAAUGCUGGGAAAUAUACAGAGCCUUUUGUAGACCAAGUACCAGACCUCCAUUUGAGCUCACGAUGAAAAUGAGGCACUUCCUUUGGAUGUUGAAUGAUUUUAAACUUCUCAGCAAAGAGUUAACUCCUUCAAGACUUGUGGAAAUACUUGUCAAAGAUGGUCCCUCUCAACCUGGUAGCAGUAACACCAACCUGGAGCUGGAGUUAGUUUUUCUGGAAUUUGUUGAAGCUCUUCUUGCCUGUGCGUUGGUGUAUGUUACCAGUGAUAUGAUAAAGGAGCAAGAAGCUUGUGAGAAUGAGAGCAGAAGUAGCUUUAGAAUGGAGGUUCACUCCAAGAAAACCACACAUGUAUCUCUGUUCCCAGACUAUUCUCUGUCCCAGUGCAUGUACAGUGGAACUGUACUUGAUACAGACAUGAAUGAUCACAUGUCUGAGGCACCUGAGCUUUACUCAUUGUUGUCUUCAAACAAAAGUUUCAUAACACAGGAUGAAUUAAAGAAACAUGAGAGACCUUCUGAAGACACAGAGCAUCCUCUUCAGGAAUUUCUGCUGGUACCAGAUACUAGCCUCUCAUUUCACACAACUCAUGGAGAUACCAUUGUUCCAUCAGUGGUUCCAACAUCGUUGAGCUGGGAUGCAGAAAAAGAACAAGAUACCUGUCCAGGAAAGGACAUUGCAGGUGAAUUGAAAGAAGACAGAACUAAACAAGAUGAGCUUAGUUUGUUGCUGUGCCAGGUGCAGAUCUUCUUUACAACUAAGUUCUUUCCCGCUUACCAGCAUGAGAAAGUGCUGUGGGAAAAAAUAAGAGAAAAUCGAAUACGAGAUGCUGAAUUAGCUCAGCUGAGAAAGAUCAAGGAUGAGGAGCUGGCAAAAGUUAUUGCUGGAAGAGAAGAGGCAAAAAAGCAAGAAGCAGCUGCAGCAGCAAAAACAUCUGACCCCAAGAGUGCAGAUUCUAAGGAGUCAGAGGAGCCUGGCACAACAUUAGCAUCUGCUUUGAAGGAAGAGGCACCCACAGCAGUACCCCCAGUUACCAGGGUGCCUGCUGGCAAAAAGAGAAGGAAGAAACAAAUCAUCUGAUGGGAACUACUGAAGCUUGAAGUCAGUUUUACAUUGCACCAACUACCAUGUGACGCACUGGAAUGACCUGUGUGGAAUAUGUACUCGUAACACAUGUACUCAUCCUUGAGGGAAGCAGCAGUAGAUGGUGACAGUAAACAAGAGCUACCUUCCAUAGUGUUGUAGAUUUCCUGGCAUUUCAGCACGUAUUGGAGAAUCUCUUCCUGCUAACUGAAGCAAAAAAGAACACAGAAGGAAAAACAGUUUAGAGGUAUUUUCUGUUAUAUUUUGCAUUUAUUAAAUUUUAAAACUUA